AUGGUGGAUGCAUGCCCGAAUUUGGCUGCUGCUCGAGAGGAGCCUCGGCCAGAGUACAUGCAAGCUAUGACUUGGAAUUUGAAAGGCAAGUCGCUUCAGAAGCUGGACCUUUGGGCCUCGGCAUCUGACGCCUGCUUUGACAUUUUGCUUCUCCAAGAGGUGGGCUCACUCCAUACCUUAAAAAUGGAUGAGCCGGGAUUGGAUGAGCCUUGUGAAGUACUUCAUCACGCAGUCCCUGAACUCAACAUGCAGUUCCUACAUGACUUCCUAAGUUACUUGGGCAUGGUUAUCGCCUUGGAUGAGGAGAGAGUCGACUGCCUUUGCUCCAAGUUCCUGGGAAAGUGGCAUAUGGGCAUCUCCUUUCUUCCUCGAGGACAUGAGAGGGCAAGGUGGGUAAUUAAUGUGCAUCUUCCGCAUUCUGCCAGACCUGACCAUGCGUUUGAAGAGUCCCUUGAAGACCUGCGCCAAAGACUUGUGACGAUCCCCCUAUAUCAUGAAGUUCUCAUUGGCGGUGACUGGAACACAGACCAGGACAGACCAGGAGACACGAGAGCUGAUCAGGUGACGGCGCUGCUGACAGGCAUGGGGUUUCACUGCGUUAAACCUGCUGAACGUACCUGGUUUGGGCCUCGGGGAACUUCCAGUCAACUGGACUAUUUCUUCAUCAACCAGAAGCUUGUUGACUCCUUCCACCCUGAUGCCGAUUCCUACUUCCUAGAAGUUCAACAUGAGGCUCGCAGCGCCUUAAACUCGGAUCACUCCCCGGUCCUCCUUGAAGCAAAUGUUCGCAGCACUCGGCCAAGAGCCCGCCCAGAGCGCCGAGCCCGGAGAAAAGGACGGGCGUCCUCAGCCAAGUGGCAGGUGAAUGCAGCAAUUCUCCAACAGCAGCUGGACACCCUGGAGGUUGCGGUGCCGCUGGGGUCCCUGAGCACCCUCCAGGACCUUCAGUGCCAGUGGCGACAACUGGAAAGCGUGUGCAAAGCAUCUUCAUCCAGGAGGAGUAAGCCACGCUACACUGACAGUGCAGAGCUCAAGAAUAUCUGCAGGCAGCGCAACCGAUGUGCGGAUGCGGCCCAACGUGCACAUCUUACGCGUGUCGUUGUCAGUCGCCGGCAUGCUGAAUGCUUUCAGUGGUGGCAGAGCUGCCAACAGAAGGCCAGCCAAGGCUCCGCGUCACACAUGCAAACAGCCUUCCCUAUAGGCCUGCCCCUCGCCAGAGCAACGCGGACGCGUAUGUCAAGGACCAUGGGAGCAAGCUUGCGGCAGCGUUGA